UUUUUUUUUUUUCCUCCCACGCACACACAUGUGCACAUACAUUGGGCCUCCUAAUGGUAACCCGAGGCCUCUGUCUCUUUCUCUCUGUCUCUCUUUUUCCAUUUCUUUCUUUUUCUUGCUCUCUGUCUCUCUGUCUCACUCUCUUGUUGGCUGCAUACUGUAUGUUUCGUGGUGGUUCUGUUGUCAUGGUGAACUCACAGAAAGCUUGUGGAAGUUUUUAUGUUGAUGCAAGAUGUUGUAUUGCUUCUAUUUUGUUCUUCUUUCAUUUGUUUGCUCCUAGUCGUUUGUGUAUUAAUCUCUCUCUCCGAAGCGGCUUAUAUAUGUAUGUACAUGCCAUGAUGUAACUGCACAUAUAUAACCGUGCGUUUCCCUUUCCUUACUCUGAGACUGAAGGUGAAUCAGUAGACUCAGAGGUUUUUCCUACAGUUUGUGUGCUGGCUGUUUUAAGUCCACUGUUUGGUGAAUGAAGAAUGCCUCAUUUACUGUGUAGACUAGGUUUUAGGCUUUAGUGCAAGCACUUGAAAAAUUCUCACCCCUGUUUAGUUUUGCAGAGAGCCUUCUUGUAAUGGUAACCCCCAUCAUUUAGGGUACUUUAACGGCAGAGAACCCUGUGACUUGUCCUUUACUCGUUCUCUCGUUCCUUGUUCCACUUUUCCUGUCUCCCUCUCCUUCUCUUCCUUUUCUCUGACAAGGAGUUCUGACUUUAAAGAGUUAGAAGAUUAUGAUAAAGAUCAUGAUGAUGAAGAGGAGAGUAAAGAUUUUUGUAAAGUAGUCUUGCUGCCAUGUGUGCUUGUGUCAAGUGUGUGUGUGAGAAUGCGAGGGUGUGAAAAGCGCUUCUUAUUAUUGGAAUAUUUUUGGUUUUUCUUCCCUUUUUUCCUCCCACUAGGAUAACAUUGGUCACCGGCUACUUCAGAAACAUGGCUGGAAGCUGGGACAAGGCCUUGGCAAAACGAUGCAGGGUAAGGUUUGUAGGAACCUCCCCUGCCCUUUUUGUGUGUCUGUAUAUGUGCGUGUGUGUGUGUGUGUGCGUGUGUGUGGAUGUUUUGCAAUAAAUGAAGAUGUCCCUUUACAGUGUAGCUUAACGGCCUCUCUUAGUUCCCUCCUGUAAGCUUACAAUCACUAAACUUUCUCUGCCCAGAAUGCCAGCGCUACGAUUCCAAACUCACACCAGAUUAAAAAUCAGUAAUCGAGUAGCUUACUGUAGGACAAAUGACAGUCUUUUUGAUUUUGUUCACCCUCGAUAGAAUAGUCAUUUUUGUCAUUUCAGUGCUUCUGGCUGCGACGAGGGUGUUUCUUGAUUGGCUGUGAACAUGAGAUUUGGGUCCUCUGAUUGGCUUUGAACUCAUCUCUGCCUUUACUUCUCCCAUGAUGUUUUUUUUUUUUUAAUAGCUUGCAGAAUGAGCCUGAAUCUCCGCCCAUUUCCCCCCUUCCUCCGCCUCUCAACCGCUCUGUCGGUUUGCUUGUGUCCACUCUUGUGAAGUGACUGUACACGUGGUAACGUGGGUGUGGUAUUUCCACGUGAAUUAUGUACGUGUGUGUGUGUGUGUGUGUGUGUCUGUGUGAGAGAGUGUCUCACUGGUGAGGGGGUGGGGGUUCAGGUGUUUGGCUUGCCAGGAUUAAAAAAACAAAACAAAACAAAACAAAAAAACUCACACCAUCCUGCCUGCAUAUACAUGGGUGUGUUUUGUGUGUAUAUGUAAAUAAACACCCUGCCAACUCUUCUCCCCUCUCCAGCAAAGCAUGCUGGUCAUUUGUCACUCAGACUGGCAAGUCUUGAGUUUUAAACAGUGUGGAAAAAGUUGAGUGAAAUGACUGAAUAUUAUCAUUAGGGUGAAGCCCAUUGUGCUGCUUUAAACUUGUGUGUUUCACACAUCUGCUGUAAAAUAAUGCAAAACACAUAAGAGUCAGUGUCUUUCUCAGUCACGUAUAUUAAUAAACCAUGACCUGCAUGAUGGAUGGGGAAAGGGGGAAGCAGGGUGGUAGUGUCCUUAUUUGGUUUGGUGAUUUGAUCUAAAGGUAGAAUGGGAGGGAGAAAGUAGAAGCUGAAUUUUUUAGGAUGAAAGGUUUUUUGAAUAAUUAAUAGGGAUGCAUUGAUACUGAUACCGAUAUCAGAUAUAGGUCUGAUACUGUGCUCAUAUGAUACUAUAUGAUGUACAUUGAGGAGAUACAUUGUCGCACUAAAAAUAAAAAAAAUUCCACAAAAUGACAGCCAUCUGGACAUAUUUCAUUAUUAACGAUAGCUUUCAAAGCAAAGCAGACUACAACUGUGCUCUGAGAAAAUAUCAAGAGAAACGGCAGCAUUUUCUUACAAGUAACCUGAUAAAACAUCUUAAACAUAAAGCAUGCAGCAACCAACCACAGAUGUCUACACACAAUGCUAGGUGAGUGAAAAUAUCACCUCUUACCCAGUAUGAUGUUCUUGAUGAUCAGCUGCUAUCAGUCAUCGAAGGAAUUGAUUCACAGUACUGCAUUCAUGAUUGGAUUUAAUUCGAUUUUCAGAAAAUUUGAACAAAAUUUUAAGGAAAAUUAUUAUUUUAAAAAAAAAUAAUAAUGAACAAUGCAAAACAAUGCAUUUUUGUCAGUAUAAAACUUAAGUGAAUUAAAAUUUGCUACAGAGGUUUAACAUUGCAAACAAUAUAUACCUCAGGUUCACAGCAUCUUAAAUAUGAACAAAUUUAUAAAUUCUCUCAAUUUUUGAUGGAAUAAUCAAAGUAUCUGACUUGGGGCCUGAUAUAAUGAGCUCAGUAGCAGAAAGAGAGCUCCAAAGUCAGCUAAAUUCUGUUUCCACUGCCUCUUUCUCACAAUGUACAGAGUCACAUUUUUGCAUUGCGAUUUCACAAUGUAUCAUUACACCCCUAGUGAAUACAAAAAGGUAUUUUACGUACAGCAGUACAGCAGUGUUUUUCUGAAGAGAAACAAAACCCUUUCUUCUCAACUGUAAGACUACUCGAUCUGACAUAACCAAUGUAGCUAGCUAAUGCAUUUCAUUUAAAAUCAUCUAGCUAAUGUUAUAAAGAAUGAGCCUAGUAGAUUUUAUGGCCACUAUUUAAAACCAUGUACUGGUACUUGUCUGAACACAGUCUGGUACACCGUCUGGAAAAAAAAAAAAAGGUAUUAAUGCAUCCCUGUUAUUUAUGUACUAUAAUCAGCAAUCCAGCUGAUGAAUCAAUGGAACAGUGAUGUUAGUUAAUGGUACAUAUGGAAAAAAUUUUUAAAAAGACUCCCUGAAACCUGGGCUGGUGUUUCUGUGAAUCAGCUGCAGUAUAAUAUUUAAAGUGGAGAAGGAUGCCAGGAAGCCAGGGGAUGGUGAGAAUGCAUUCCCUGUAAUCACCCAGAGCCUCCAUGGUGAUAGAGUUGCAUCAAAGCCUCUGCUCCUGAACCUCUUAAACCCCCAAACCCUAACAGUUCACCCCUUGUCCCCUGACCCCUCUCUGUGUUCCUCAAUCUUCCUGCUUAACCAAUUGGUGUUUCUUUUUUGCAGCAUUAUGAUCCUGGCCAUGUUGUGCUGAUGGUAAACUUAGUGGACGCACUGACCCUGUACCCAUCAUCGUCAAAUAUGAUGUCAUGGGGAUGGGACGCAUGGAAAUGGAGCUGGACUAUGCCGAGGAUGCGACAGAGAAGCGGCGUGUAUUGGAGGUGGAGAAAGAGGACACGGAGGAGUUGCGGCAAAAAUACAAGGAUUAUGCAGAGAAAGAGAAAGCCAUUGCCAAGGCGUUGGAAGACCUGAGAGCUAACUUUUAUUGUGAGCUAUGUGAUAAGCAGUAUCAGAAACACCAGGAGUUUGACAAUCACAUCAACUCUUAUGACCAUGCACACAAACAGAGGCUGAAAGAGCUGAAGCAGAGGGAAUUUGCCCGGAAUGUGUCUUCACGUUCCCGCAAGGAUGGAAGAAAGCAGGAGAAGAUGCUGCGGCGUAUACACGAGCUGGCAGAGCAGAGGAAGCAGCAGGACUGUGUUCCUGGUAGCGGACCAAUGUUCAAGCAAACCACAGUGGCAGUAGAUGGAGAAGAGGGUGGCUUCUCAAGCAUUGAUGGUGUUCCUAUGACCCCAGAUGGUGUGACGGAGGAAUCUUCUGGAGAGGAUAAGGGAAAUUCUGGUGGUUUUGGUCAAAGCUCCCCAAAACCAGGACCAACUAUCAGUUUCUCCCUUCGCAAGAACACUUCCUCUCCCACACCAAGCGGAGGAUCCCACACUCCCAAAGUUAGCGUGUCCUUCUCCUUUGCUAAGAAAGCACCUGUUAAACUAGAGACAGCUGCUGCUGUGUUUGCAGACCAUGGAGAGGAAGCAAUGGAAGGAGAAGAGAGCCAGGAAGAAGCAGUUGAGAAGAUGGCAAGUGAGGAAGGAGGUACAGCAUCCAGCACUGACAGCCCACAGAGUGCAUCAGGUGGCAUGGGUGUAGGGGAUGAGCAGCCACAGUCUGAUGAUGGCGGAACCCUGGCCUCCACCCUUAACAAGCUGAAGAUGAUGAUGAAGAAGGAGGAAGGUUACUCUGGGCAGGAGCCGCAAUAUUAUCAUUAUAUGCCUCCUGCACACUGUCGGGUAAAGCCUCAUUUUCAGUUUCUGCUCUUCAUGAAGGCCUCUGACCAGUGUGGUAGUCGGGAGGAAGAAGAGGAUGGGGAGGAAGAACAGAAGGCAGUACAAGCGGAAGGAGAUGAGGCACAGAAAGAAUCUAAAGACAAUGAUUGCAAAUCAGAGAAGGACACUAUAAAAGAGCCUGUAAAGGAACUGAGUACAAAUUCUACUUCAUCACCCAAAGUAAAAACAGAAAUAUCAGAUAAUACUCCAGGAGUAGUGAGCAAUGCAGAUUCCUCAAGCACUGUUUCCCAAUCAACUGAAGCUAAGCAAGGGUCAUCUGAACCUUCAUCUGAAGACACUGGCCCUCGCAUGCCAACAGGACCCUUUUUUCCUGUUUUGAGUAAGGAUGAGAGCACUACCUUACAGUGGCCCUCUGAACUCCUGGAGUUCACUAAGGCCCAGCCUUCGCUAUCCUACAGUUGCAACCCUCUUUAUUUUGAUUUUAAGCUGUCUAGGAAUAAAGGCAACAGAGGGGGUAGGGCAAACAAAGCUGCUAAACCUGCUAAUACUGAUGGUGGAGAGGGAUCCAAGCCAGAAGAUACCACUAGCACUGCAGCCACAAGUAGAGAAACUAGCACAGCACCACCAACCCCAGGUGUCAACACUGACAAAAAAGAUGAAUCUUCCUUGAAAGAAAAGACUGCAGAGGAUGAGAAAAAAGACAAGAAGCUAGAAAACCCUGAAGAUGGAGUUGGAGGAUCCAAGAAAAAGAAGAAGAAGAAGAAACAUAAGAAGUCAAGCAAGAGAGCCAAACGAAAAGAAAAAGAGAAAGCGGAGGGGGAGAUGGAGACAGAGACACCGGGGGAGAAGACCAAAAAGAAAAAGAAGCACAAACGAAAGAAAAACAAAAAUAAAGUACGUGCCGAGGAAGAUGAGAAAGCAGGAGAAAGUAAAGAACAGAAAGAUACAGAUGGCAAAGCUGGACCCAGUUCCUCUGCACAGCCUACAGGAGGGACUUUGAUUUCAGAUGGAGGAAAGAGAAAACGGCUCCAUAAAGAAGUAUCACAAAGGGCAGUCCCUCAUGAGGGCAGUACAGGAAAGCCCAACUCUUCAGAAGAGCACAGUGGUACAAAACGCCCCAAACCUGACCCAAGCACAUCAGUGGCGUCCUGCUCUGCUUCUGCCCAGAAGAGUCCUGUGGGCGGUCGACCGCCAACGAGUGAAAGUGACGAAGAUGGAGGCUCAGCAUCUCAGCGCUCACGCCGUCCUCACCGUCAUACUACCCCUCCCCGUGAACGGCGUCACCACAGCGAGGACUCUCGACAGUCAGGUCGCUCACAUAGUCGUUCCUCUCGCAGAGGAGAUCGUAACCAUAGGCGUAAUAGAGGUAAAACAUCACGUAGUCGGUCAUAUUCAAGUAGCUCUGAGCGUUCCUCUGCAGGAAGCAGUGCUUAUAGUCGGCGCAGCCACAGCUACUCAGACAGCUAUAGUGACUAUAGUGGAGAACAUCACCACAGAACAAAAAGAUGGUCUUCAGACUCUGAAUAUGAGAGGAGAGGUGGUGGACGUUCACACAGACGACGUUACUCCUCCUCCUCUUCUGAAGACGACUCUCGCUCACGCUCACGCUCUCAUAGCCGCAGAAAGCACCAUAGACGGAGGCGUCAUCGCAGCAGCAGCCGCAGUUACAGUCGUAGCAGCAGGAGCAGCAGUGCUCGCUCGUACCGACACAGCAGCUACAGCCGCAGUCGCAGCUCUGCCAGUCACUCGUCCAGCUCCACCAAAGGCUCACCACACCGGCACAGUCACAACCGACGGGCUGACAGCUCAUCCCGUCGACGUGAUUUUAAUCGCUCUCGUAUCUACCGAUCACAGUCUCCAAGGUCUUCCUCAUCCCGUGCACAGCCACGAACCAGCAACUCAACACAAGCAACUAAAGGAAGUGGGGGCGGAGGAGGCGCUUCAGAGCAUCGGAACUCACUCACAGCACGACAGCUUCUCGAAAAAGUCCAGUCUCGCAAGGGCGGUGAAGAUUCUGGUACAGGAAGCAAACCAGGCACCAAAAUUAAGGACCCUCCACAGGGAUACUUUGGGCCCAAGCUCCCCCCUGUACUUGGAAACAAGAACAUGUUGCCCCUAUUUGGUAAGCUGCAAGCAGGGAAGAAACCGCCAUUACUUUCUGUAAUGCGAACGGAUGAUGGGGAAAAGUCAGCGCUUGGAAAGGGUUCUGAUACAAGUAAUGAGGUGAUUCUUGUGGAGCCCAUUCGUGAGUUUCCUCCUCCACCCCCACCACCACCUCCACCAGUCCAACAGCAGCAGCAGCAGCAGCAGCAGGUGGAUGAGCCCAUCUCAAAUACUGUGGUCUCAGAUGAGGCCAGAAACCAAGCCUCAGAACCCCAAGUGCUCCAUGAAUCACGGUCAAUGUUUGAGCAGGAUUCAGCUAAGGUUAUGCCUGCAUACCAAGGUGAGCCUGGACAAGACCCCAACAACCCAAUGAUGGAUGGAUGUAUUCUGGGAUCUGACAUGGGCCAGCAAACAGCCAUGCACGCCUAUCAAGGCUACCCAGUGCCCAAUAUGGAGGAGGAGGACAUAGGCAUGGAGGCUGAAGAGGAUGGCUUGGCACCACUGGAGAGCCAGCCAAUCACAUUUACCCCAGAGGAGAUGGAGAAAUACAGUAAGCUACAACAAGCAGCACAGCAACACAUCCAGCAGCAGCUUCUAGCGAAACAGGUGAAAACUUUCCCCUCAGCCGCGGCCGCUGCAGCAGCAGCUAACUUGGCAGCUGCUGCCAGCCUUACCCCUGCACCUCCUCCACCGCCUGCUGCUCUACAACCAAUCCACAUACAGCAACCUGCUGUGUCUGCAACUUCAGCCACAUCAAUUACAACAGUGCAACAUGCCAUACUGCAGCACCAUGCAGCUGCCACGGCAAUGGGCAUCCACCCUCACACGCCACACCACGCCCAUCCCGCUCAUGCUCAGCUCGCCCAAGUACACCAUAUACCCCAACAUCAUCUCACCCCUAUUUCUUUGUCACCUUUGGGCCAUACAUUAGGCCACACUUUAGGCCACUCAUUAGGGCACACUGGCCUGAUCCCAGCCCACCCUUCUGCCUUUCUCCCUGGGCAGCCAAUCCACAUAAUCCCAGCAUCUGCGCUCCACCAUGCCCCAUUAGCUUUGCAUCAUGUCCCCCAUGCAGCCCUUUACCCUACUCUCUUUGCACCACGGCCAGCCACCGCAGCUGCAGCAGCAGCUCUGCAGCUCCACCCUCUUCUUCACCCCAUUUUCUCAGGGCAAGACCUUCAGCACCCUCCUAACCACGGCUCUUGAGAUGAAGCCUGUUCUUUCUCUACAAAGAGUUUGAAGCUCUUCUCUAAGGAGUGUGAGAGGUAGCCUUGCUUCUGGGCCCUCUUUUCAUCAAUGGUUGCCUCUCAAAUGUAACAUCAGUUGGGCAGGUAAAAGGACAAUAUAAAAACAAUUAGAGGAAAUACUGGCUUCUUUCUAAUGAAAAAAAAAAUGGGGGGAAAAAAGUACAAGUUUAAAAAAAAAAAAAAAGUUAUGACGGAGAAAAGCUAUGUGACAAACGCUCCCAGAAAACUCAUAGUUUCCUAACAAUUAUGAAUUUGUUACAAAAUCCUCUUUGCAGCUCUUAAGCCCACCACUGGAUUAUUUUUUGUAAUAGUCUGUUAAACUAUAUAUUAUUCUUGGUCUUAUUUUAACCCUGCAGCCAAAGAGACUUUCUGUUUUCAGUAAUGGUGCAGGCAUAUAAUCAAGAAUUAUUGUAAACAUAUAUUCUUCUCCAAGUGAAGAACCAAAACAAGAACAGGAAUUAUGUGAGAGGGAGUGAAGCCAUAUUUCAUACCUAAUGCAACUUUAAAUGGUUUGUGAUCAAUCAAGGAUGAAAAUGAAGAAAACCGAACACAACUGAGGCUCUUAACAAAACCUUGAUGUCAGAAGAUGUUGAUGUUUGUUCUGUUACACUGUCUUGGGUUGCCCCUACGCUCUGAUGGACCUAGGUUGCACUGAAAAAUGGACAUCAAGAUGCUGCUUUUGCAUCAUGUAAGAACUGUAUGAUUGUAGUAUUCUGCAAUAAUUUUAUUUUUUAUUUGAUUUUAAAUUAUUUUCCAGUUUUUUGAGCUUUCCCUUGUGUAAUUAAUUCUUUGUAAAUAGUUAUCAUAAAGUAUUGUAAAAUAAGACGCCUUUGUAACUGUUUAAAAUUAGUACAAAAAAAAUGAAUAAAAAAAAAAAACCCUAAACAAAGGAGGGCAGGAAAACAGAUGAUUUGAUUAGGGCUGAUAGAAUAGAGCGUGAACCUGCUGUACCUGGAGUGGCCAUUGGUCGAGUCUAUGAUGUAGAGGACUGGUUUGGGGUGAGGGGUGUUGCUGCGUAAUAAAUUGAGUAAAAGGAAGCAACAAUAUUUACUUUUUUAUUCUUUAUUGAUGUGUCAGAAAAUAAAGCAUUUUGAGACCUAAA